AUGGGUGCAGAUCUUGUGAAGGAUAGCUAUGCUUCCAUCGGUGAUAUCUCUUCACCCUCAGUCUCAAGGGCUGCUAACCAACGCGACACAAACCUCCUUUAUUUCCAGCACAAGCUGAGGAUUUAUAAGAAGUACUGUGGACAUUUAUCAACAUACGGAAUGAAAUACACCCAAGCUAUAGCCAACAUAUGCAAUGCUGGGGUAACCAUGGAAAAAAUGGUUGCAGCUUCUGAUCAAGCUUGUUCCAAGAAAUCCCAUGUCUAG